CGGGUCGAAAGAACAAGCUAUUUAUUUUCAACUUUACAGCUUUGGCUAGUAUCGGUAUCGCAUCAGCGGUUGAAGUUUUUCGUGUUAGAGGAAUGUUUCCAAUUUGAGAAUUGAAGUGGCGUGUUUAGUGGUAUACGUUUCUAAAUUAAUCUAGUUCGCGUCAAAGUUUUUUUUUUAAAAAAGUUGUUAUGGGGAGUGUGUAUGUGUGUAUGUGUGUUUGUAUCGAUCCUGGCAAUUACCGUGAACGAUCCGUAGAGUGAUAUAGUAGUUAAUUCGAGCGCAAAUAUCGAAAACGUUUCGACUUCCUCGUCUAUAUUCCCGGUAAGCGAUCUCGGCUCCGGACUGUACAAUUAACCGGUCACGAUUCACCUAUGUGACGACUUAAUUGCCAACCGCACCGACCCUUCUGCAACGAGCAUGCGCCGUAGACGACAGUCGGCAAAGCGCUGCGACCUCCGUCCAGAUCGACAGUAGAAGGUUUGGCUAUCGCCACAAGCACGGGUGUACUGUCGACUACGAGAGGAUUUCUUGUGGGCCACGCUUAAACGUCACUCGGUCACGUAUGUAAUCGACUGACGCGUACAAGUCCUCCGAUGUAAUAUUUAUAUAGCAGGAGAUUCGUGCGAUCGAAACUCCUGUGCCAUCAAGUGAUUCGGAAUUAAUUGUAGUGCAUUUAAAUUAAGACAUUACGUGCAAGCAACGCUCAGUCCUUCUAUCGAUCGCCGUGAGAGAACGACGACGGUUCGCUCAGCCGCCGACCAACUCAGUAGAGGAUCGGACAGAGCGCCGUUGAGAUGUCUGUUCGACCGGGCGAAAAGCCACUGACUACAGUCAGAACGUGGCACCCGCACGUGUACGGCAAGCCACCUCGACAACCAACUCCUCAUUUUAUCGUCGAUAUACUGGGUAUGAGAGAAAAAGCACGAUCUACCGUGGUACUCAAUGGUGCCCGAACGUGUUAUCAGCCCGAAGAGAUGGAACACAGACUGCUGGACCAACCUCUUAACUUAUCCUGUGGCGAAAGGACUGUUUCGCCAUCCAGGACUACAGACUUUAAGGGAAACAAAACGCCCGAUACUGUACCUCCGAUAUCACCGGUCGCAUCUCCUGCCCUGUUGUGCCAGAGAUCUUUCUAUCCGACGGAAAAUGCGGGAGGUGGUGGAAAAGAUGCGAAAUUCACUCAAGUCAAUGCGAAAGAUAACGAUCCACAAGCCAAGAAAAGUGUAAAAAUUGCAAGUGGUAAAGGUAAUAAAAGAAAAAAAGACAAAACUGCCGAUGCAUCAGAUGAUAGUCCUACUCCUACAGCACCAGAUACGGCGUCAACACCAUCAACUACUGAAGAGCAAACCUCUGAUAAAGGAAAGAAGAAAAAGGCAAGAACAACGUUUACGGGAAGACAAAUCUUUGAACUAGAAAAGAGGUUUGAAGUAAAGAAGUACCUGUCGUCUAGUGAAAGGGCCGAAAUGGCCAAAUUAUUGAACGUCACGGAAACACAGGUAAAAAUCUGGUUCCAAAAUCGGAGGACAAAAUGGAAGAAACAAGAUGGAAUCUCCAAUGCCGAAGCAGCCGAAUUAAAACCUGCGAGUGAAAAAUCUAGUGGAAAAAACAAGAAUAAUAAAUCUAACAAAGAUAAAACCAAUAACAGUAAUACAAACAACAGCAUCAACAAUAACAACAGAAUACCGAGUGGUAAAGUAAUCACAGGCGAACAGCAGGAUGUAAUUGUAUCAGCAGAUCCCCAACCCGAAUCAUGUUUCCAGACAACGGAAAAUGGACUAUGUUUAUCAGAUAGCAGAGUUAAAAGUAACGACGCAUACUGGUCUGCAUCCGUAUCACCAACAACUCCGUCUUCGGGGGUUCAAGAUAGUUCUGUGGGUGAAACAUCUUCCAAUGAAGCGGAAAGGUACGUCUUGUCACAAACUGCGCUAUUCGGUGAUUCUCAAGAAGCGAGAAACGAAAAUUCCGAGAAAGACUGGUCAUCUCCAGCGACGACACCACCCCAAGAUGGUCCUUCUACAACGGACUCACAGCCAAACGAUCAAGCAAAAGAGGGAUGACCUGAAACAGCAUCCCCAAGAACCUUGUGUGCCUGAAACCGAGAAAAUGUUAAAAAAUCAGUUAGCAUUUCACAAACAGAAUGCAAAGGUCGUACGAAGGGAUCAUGUUCAGUCGAUAAAAUCCACACCUUCAAAAAUAUAACAAAUAAAAAUAAAACAACAAUAUUAACUCUUAAAAUCCUUCUAAACUAUUAGAAGACCCCCAAACGUAGAAUAAGAUAUUUUAAUUAGAAAUUUUAAUAAAUUUCUAUAAUAUUAGAACUUUUGCAUAAAACAAAAUUUAAAUUUUGGAAAAAUGUACUUACAUUUUUUAUUAGAUCUUUCGGUCGUUUAAAAAAGUACAGUUUAGGCCAAAAUAAGUACAAAUUAACCUUUUGCUAGAAUGUGAAACUCUAACGUCUACCGUAAAGAAAAGUGUCAAUCUAAGUUGAUGAUGUCACGAACAGAUCAUCAACACAAAUCUCGUUAUAACGAUCUCUUAUAUAGGCUAUCCGAAUAGUCAUUUACUUCUCCCUCCAAUCACUUCGCUGUGUCAUUGCAUAUACCCUCUACCCCUGUAAUGAAACGGGGAACGAGCACAUUGUCUAAAUUUUUCAAACUGAAAAUCUUGUCCAUUAUAGAAAGAAAUUCCAUUUGUUAUUUAUUAUUAUGAUAGUAGUUUUUAUUUUAUUUUACAUCAAUUCUGGUCAAAUUAUCGGAGAGUGAACGAACUUGAUCCCAGUUGUGCCAUCCAUCGGCCAGUGUGUUCCAGCACCUUAGAAUGCGACCAGCCUACAUAGGCUCACUAGUGCCAAGUCCUCUUUAGAGAUAGGUCUGUGUCUGUGUAUAUGUUGGUGUAGUUCGUCCAUAAUUUUCAAAGGGAGAUAGGUUUUGGUUCUGUAGUAACCAACUACAGAUGUCAAAUAAAAAAGUAUAAAUAUAUAUAUAUACAUAUAUAUAUAUCUAUAUAUAUAUAAUAUUAACUUAAAAUGUUG